CUCACUCACCAUCACACAUCUUUCCACUCCACCACCACAAUCACAAUCUACCCCCGGCUCUUCUUACAUGCGCGCUAACCUUCUGUCUAGCCCUGCUCGUUUCCUUUGUUCAUCAUGUCAAUUCUCUUGGAUUUCUUGUCCUUCACUCUUUAGUCCUUCCCCCCUUAAUUAUUAACCUUCUCAUCCAAUUGGCGCUUCCCCGUACCGAAUCCAUUUACUGUGAUUCUUCUCCGACUUUCCGCCGCUUCCCCUUGACGCAUUGACGCACUCUUUCGGAUUCCACCUUCGACGUCCCCUUCCUUGACUCGAGCAUCAAUUUUUUUCCUUACAUGGGAUUUGCCCUCCCUCGCAGAACAUCAUGCCGUCUUCGAAGGCGAGAUCGAGUCCUUCCGCCGAGCGUCGCGACCGUCUGACUUUGGCAAGGCUGGCAAGUUAUGAUGAUGUCGCAACCGAUGCGCUCGUUGACCGUGCCCACUUCUGGACGAAUACUCGAAAGAAUCGGACGAAAUACAUUCCUUUGCGGCGGGUCAAGGACGAUGAGAUCGCGAACAUCCUGCUCCACGACGUGAUCGUGAAGAAGGAUGUCCCAACCGCGGAGCGGAAAUUUCUGGCCAUGGACGGACUGAAGCGAUUCAUGGCGAAGCUGCCAAACGACCGCGAAAAGGAGUGGUUCACCCGACACCUACGCAAAUAUAUCCAGAUGUAUCUGCCGGAUUCGCCCUUCGAGGUCACCACGACGAACCGCUACCUGAUCACCGAGCACGAGGCGGCCAUCUGCGCCCGUAAGUUCAUCAAGCAAGGUGAGGAGAUCAAGUACCUCAGCGGCACCUUGGUGCCCAUGACCCGGGAGGAGGAGCAGGACUUGGAUCUGAAGAGGAAGGAUUUUAGCAUCGUGAUGUCGAGCAGGAGGAAGACCCCGUCGUUCUUCCUGGGCCCCGCGCGCUUCGCCAACCACGACUGUAAUGCUAACGGUCGCUUGGUGACGAGGGGCAUGGAGGGGAUGCAGGUCGUCGCGAUCCGGGACAUUUAUAUUGGCGAGGAGAUUACGGUCUCGUACGGCGAGGACUACUUUGGCAUUGACAACUGCGAGUGCCUGUGCUUGACGUGUGAACGUGCCGUGCGGAAUGGGUGGGCGCCUUCCGAGCCCAGCGACGAGCCUGCCUGUGCGGACACUGGCCUUCUCACCCCGCAGAAACGCAAAUAUGCCCCCGAUACCGAAUCCGAACCCUCGCCAUCCUCCACCCCUCGCAAACGCACAAAAUUCACCCGACAGAGUUCGAAGCUGCGAUCGGAGCUGUUGCUUUCCGACGCCCCCGCAUCCCCCGAGUCCGCGACUGGUCUGUCGUCUACGAACGCCGGUUCCUCAGCACCCAAUACCAGGAGCCGGAAAGCUGAACUCAAAAGCGAGGCUCUCAAUGAGGUCUGCAUCCAGAGUCCCAGCGCCACGGACUGCACGUCGCCUAGCUCGCUUGCCGGGGACGAAUCUCACCACUCAGCGUCCACUGUCGCAACCUCCAUUGGUGAAUUUUCCGUCCAGAUCAAAAUCGAGGAGUCCACCGAGGCUUCGGUUCGAGAUACGGUACUGAUUGGCAAAGAUGAGCUUGCCACCCCCGGUGCAAGUCAACCCGACGGAGAAAGGCAUCUCGCGUCUCGUGAACAUGAUGCCCUAUCAGAUUUAUCCGGGUCCUUGGAGCUAGACGAGAAGCUUGGAACUGUGGUCGAGAAACUGAACAAGGCGCGGAAGCGAGGUGUUGUUCCCUCGGUCGAGGUCGAGUCACAGCGGGCUCGAGUCCCCGGAGACUAUACCAAGACCCCUAGGUUGCUCGCACAGGUUUACGAUCGGUGGGUAGACUGCCGCACUUGUACGGCCUGGUUCGUCCAGCAAGAUUCCUACCUGACCAGACGUGAAUGUCGUCGAUGCGAACGGCAUUCGAUGCUAUAUGGCUUCCAGUGGCCCAAAACUGACAAGGAGGGUCCCAACGACGACGAAGAACGGGUCAUGGACCAUCGGGUCAUCCAUCGAUUCCUUUCCCCCGAAGAAGAAGCCCGUGUCUCCCGCAAGGAUCGCGGUGUCAGUUUUGGCGUGACUCCGACCCCGGAACUGGUCUUGUGCCUCCUAGCUCUGUUCGUGUCUGCGAUCAACGCUUACGAGGCGCCUCUGGUGACUCUCGGCUAUGGAAUCUUCCAAGGCAGUUAUGACGCGACUUAUAACCUGUCCUAUUUCCGGAAAAUCCCCUUUGCAGCACCCCCAACGGGCGAAAAUCGGUUUCGAGCUCCCCAACCCCCACUGAGCAUUACAAAUGGCACCUAUGACAGUAAUCAGGCCUUCGAUAUGUGCCCUCAGCGCACUGUCAAUGGCUCUGAGGACUGUCUAUACCUCGGACUCUACUCUCGGCCCUGGGAGGUCUCUGCGAAUCGACCUGUGCUGGUUGUCUUCUAUGGCGGCGCCUUCAUACAAGGUAGCGCGUCCUUUACCUUGCCCCCGAGCGCCUAUCCAACUCUCAACGUCAGCACUCUCAACGACUAUAUCGUGAUCUAUCCCAACUACCGCACCAAUGCCUUUGGAUUCCUCCCAGGCCAAGCGAUCAAAGACUCGUCCACCUCCGACCUCAACCCGGGCCUGCUGGACCAACAGUAUGUCCUCAAAUGGGUCCAAAAGAACAUCCACCACUUCGGCGGGAACCCCAACAACGUGACGAUCUGGGGCCAGUCGGCCGGCGCGGGGUCCGUCGUCGCGCAGGUCCUGGCGAACGGCCGCGGCAAGCAGCCUAAGCUCUUCAGCAAAGCCCUCGCCAGCUCGCCCUUCUGGCCCAAGACCUACGCCUACAACGCGCCCCAAGCCGAAGCCAUCUACUCCCAGCUGGUGAAUCUGACCGGCUGCGGCAAUUCCACAGUGAAAGACUCCCUGCGCUGCCUCAAGGCCGUCGACGUGCAGACCAUCCGCGACGCCAGCCUCGUCAUCGACGCCAGCCACACCUACACCACCAGCUCCUACACCUGGGCGCCCGUCAUCGACGGCGAGUUCCUGAUCGACACCCUCAGCGAGGCCACCGCGCGCGGCACCCUCCCCACGGACUUCAUCUGGGGCAUGUACAACUCCCACGAGGGCGAGAACUUCGUCCCAGCCGGCCUGGGCUCGACCACCACCACAUCCACGGGCUUCAACUCCUCGCUCGCCAGCUUCCAGUCCUGGGUCUCCGGAUUUGUCCCCGGCCUAACCUCCCACGAGAUCAGCCUCCUCGAAUCCCAGUACUACCCGCCGGUAGGCAGCACCGAGACGAUCGACGACUACAACACGACCCUCGUCCGCGCCGGCCUGAUCUACCGAGACUUGGUCCUCGCCUGCCCGGCCUACUGGGUCGCCUCCGCCGCAGGGACCAACGGGUACCUCGGGGAGUAUACCAUCUCGCCCGCCAAGCAUGGCAGUGACACCGAGUGGUGGAACCAAGUAAACGCCGUCCAACAAUCCGACCCCCUCAUCUACGACGGCUACGCCGGCGCCUUCGCCAGCUUCUUCCAGACGGGGAACCCCGACGCGCACAAAUUGACGAAUGCGUCGCAACCCGGCGUCCCGCUGCUCCGCACUACGGGCCGGGAGUUUGUGGUGGAGGUGGACGGGUUCGAGAAUGUGAGGUUGGUCGAGCUGCCGAGACGGUGUGCGUUUUGGAGGGGGGUUGCGGGGAGGGUUCCUGUUUAG